GCAUCACGUGGUGUAAACUCCGAAUUUGAAUGAGCCAGUCAGGCGCUUGUGUGCGUGCCAGGCCUCGUUUACGCGCAAACCUGGGCCACGUGAACGCUCCUCGCCUUUCUAUUGGCUGGACGCACGCUUCGCCGCCAAAUACGAAAAGGAGGUACAGUAACCGGUCGGGUUUGUGAGGCCCCGACAGCCAGAAGCGGAAAUCGGAGCUGUAACGUCCCAGUCGGGAGGGAUUAUUGUAUCGUGUGGUCAACUCCAGAGCGUGGUUCUUAAGGCCCGACAGUGCCUAGCGAGUGGGGAAUGGUUCUUACCGGGCCUCCCCAAAGGGAGUCGGUCAGUAUGGCCAAGCGGGUGAGCAUUCUGGAUCAGCACAAGAAGCCGUCCUCGGCCCGGGUGCGUGUUGCCGUCAGACUGAGGCCCUACAUGGAGAAAGAGGAUGAGAAAGCGCCCGCCGCGUGUGUCCGGGGCCUGGACUCGCAGUCGCUGGAGAUUGUCAACUGGAGGAAUCAGCUAGAGACCAUGCAGUACCAGUUUGAUGCCUUUUAUGGUGACAGCGCCACUCAGCGGGAGAUCUACAUGGGCUCUGUGUGCCACAUCCUCCCGCACUUACUGAUUGGCCAGAAUGCCAGUGUUUUUGCUUAUGGGCCCACAGGGGCAGGAAAAACUCACACCAUGUUGGGGAACCCCAGUCAGCCUGGCGUGAUCCCUCGGGCAGUGAGGGACUUGUUGCAAAUGACCCGGACAGCAGCCGGCGGCCAUGAGAAUGAGAACUGGACUUACACCAUAACAAUGUCUUAUGUGGAGAUCUACCAGGAGAAGGUCAUGGAUUUGCUGGAGCCCAAAAACAAGGACCUCCCCAUCCGAGAGGACAAAGACCAUAACAUCCUGAUCCCAGGUGUCACCCAGAAAACCAUCAACUCCUUUGGGGAUUUUGAUGAGCAUUUUAUCCCUGCCAGCCAGAACCGCACCGUGGCCUCAACGAAGCUGAACGACCGCUCCAGCCGCAGCCAUGCUGUGCUACUGAUCAAGGUACAGAAGAGUCAGCAGGUUUCGCCAUUCAGGCAGCUAACUGGGAAGCUCUACCUCAUAGACUUGGCUGGGUCGGAAGAUAACCGGCGCACUGGAAACCAAGGAAUCCGGCUCAAGGAGAGCGGCGCCAUCAACUCCUCCUUAUUCACGCUCAGCAAAGUGGUCGAUGCUCUGAACCAGGGGCUGCCCCGAAUCCCUUACAGAGACAGCAAGCUGACCCGAUUGCUGCAGGAUUCCCUGGGAGGAACCGCCCACAGUGUCAUGAUCGCCAACAUCGCCCCAGAGCAGAAGUAUUACUUCGACACCCUGACAGCUCUGAACUUUGCUGCCAAAUCCAAGCAGAUCAUAAACAAACCUUUCAGCCAGGAAACCACCCAGUCCAUAGCAGCUCUGCCGGCCAUGAAGAGGCCUCGGGAGGAGGCAGAAACCGCAGCAGGUUCUCGGCAGAGAAAGAAAUCAAAAACAGACUCGACAGAGUCAUCUCCCAAUACUUCAAUGGACGCGGCGUCCAAGCGGAAACUCAAUUUGGCGGCGCUUGACCCUGCUGUGGUUGAGAGGCUGCUGAAACUGGAUAAGAUCCUGACAGAGAAAGGAAUGAAGGAGGCCCAGCUCUUAAGUACCCCUAAGAGAGAGAGAAUGGCUCUGCUGAAGAAAUGGGAGGAGAGUCAGAUGGAGAUAGAGAGGCUAAAGGAGAAGCAAAAGGAGUUGGAGCAGAAAGCCAUUGAAGCAGAGGCUCGACUGGAGAAGUCCACUAACUCUGACUGCAACCUAUCAGACUCCAGCGUCAGUGAAUGCACCUUCCGGGCCCCCCUCAGGGGUAGAAACACAUCCACAGCAAAGGCCAAGAAGGUUCUGCGUGUGCUGCCCAUGCAGGGUGAGCAUCCAGGGGCAAAUGGAGGAGUCUUGGCUACAGAGAGACAUGUGGACCCUGAGAGUGAGCGCUCUGAGACUCUCUUGGGGAACAGCCAGUUACAGAGCACCAUAGAGGAGGGCAUCCCAGUCUUUGAGAAGAAGAAGAAGAAACCGGUCUCAUGUGACGGGCGGGAGAACCAGCCCACGUGGGAAGUGAAUGUGCGGACAGACCUGCUAGAGAGCGGCAGGGAGAGAAUCCUGAAACUGCUCAACACCGGCUCCGUCAAGGAACUGAAAUCCCUGCAGAAGAUCGGAGACAAGAAGGCCAAGCUGAUCAUUGGCUGGAGAGAGGUCAAUGGGCCCUUUAAAAAUGUGGAAGACUUGGCAUCUUUGGAAGGGAUCUCUGCUAAACAAGUAACAUCCUUUAUAAAGGCAAACAUCCUGAGCAUCAUUGCCAGCUGAACCUCCAACCUGUGACAUCAUCAGACCGCGGCCAAUCCCUGGCAUGGGCCCUGCUCAUUAAAAGACGCCAAGGACCACUUAUUUUAUCCCUCACCAGUCGUCUUGAAAUGCCAGAGCCCUGUGUGGCAGAACUCUGAAGUGUGAAUCUAUGGCGAGUUUGGAUAUCUGUGUAGCCUGCAGCAAACACGAGCCAAAUGCACCCCCCUGCGACUCCGGCCCAAAUGAGCGCAACGCAGAGACUCUGGCUAAACUUUUAUUCUAUUUUAUUAUGAGCUGAUGUCUGUAUGUACGUAGCUUGAGUGAAUGAGUGCCCCAAUGGGGUGAGAGUGGUGCUGCCAUAUGGUUUCUCUGGGGCUGAGAGUGACUUGAUGUCUCCAUGCUGUGAGGCAGCAACAUAUAAACCACUGGCUCUUGUGUAAAUAUAUAUAUAUAUAUAUUUUAGUAAUUAUCUACUCCAGUACCUGUGUGCUUUGGCAGCCUCAACUGUGGGUUCUGCAGAGAGGUUCUGCUAAACUUUUUAUCUUCCGUGCGUUCAUCACGUUAUUCCAUAAAUCAAGUCUGUGUCUUUUUGUGAAAUAAAACAUUGUGUUUUUUUUUUU